AUGGCAGAGAAAAAAUAUCUAAUGGUGGCAUCUCUGCAACUAGGAAGAACUUACAGCUGUUAUGCCUUUUCGACGAGACAUGAAUUUAAGGAAGAUCCAUUGAAAAUUCACGUCAACCCUGUUUGGAAAACAAAUCAAUAUAUGUCAAUGAGUACUCCCACAUGUCUACUUCUAAAUAAAGACAAGGAGUUCGUAGCUUUCGGUUACGAAGCAGAAAAUGAGUAUGCAGAAGUUAUUUUGGAUGGUGAAACAGAUGAUUAUUACUUUAUGAAGAGUUUUACAACGUUACUUCACAACAACAAGGAUGUUACUGAUGACAUGAUUAUUAAAGAUGUGACUGGAAAAACUCUUCCUGCCUCUGAAGUAUUUAGAUUGUCUAUCAAAUACUUAGUGAGUCAUCUAAUACAGACGUUGGAUAAGCGUGGCGAAGGUGUCGGACAUGAAGAUUUGAAAUGGGUUUUGACAAUACCUUCGUCUUGGACAGAAACUGCCAAACAUAUCAUGAAAUUAAGUGCAGAAAAGGCAGGCAUCCAAUCUGAUCACUUAGUGAUGGUACCCGAAAGCGCAUCUGCAUAUAUUUACUAUCAGACUUUACGGUCACAAGACAAUAAACAAAAGCAACAAGACGGAGCAGAAUAUAUGGUUGUUAAUCUUGGAGGCUUUGCAGCUGACAUAACAGUCAUCAAGAGACAAAAUGACAAACUGAUAGAAAGCUAUCACACAACAGAUAAUAGUUGUGGAAGUACGUUUGUAAAUAAACAGUUUUUCCACAUUUUUGAUGAAAUUUCAGGCGAGUCUGUGAUGAAAAAUUUGAAAGAAAACGAUCCAUUAUUCUAUUUAGAUAUUGAAAGAGAAUUUGAAGCUGUUAAAAGAUCAAUUGACAGUGAAAUGCAACGGAAAAUCAGCCUGAGUAUUCCAAUUGUGGCUCUCGAUAAAAUUCAGAAGUUCACAGAAUGUCUGAGGAAAAUAAAACAUUUAAAGUACCUAAAUGGAAAUAUAGCAGUUGGAUUACUUGGCAAGGUGUUUAGAGCUCAGUUAGACAUGUUAAUAGCUGCGACGGAGCAUGAGGAGAGAAUGGCAGACGAACAAAAAGGGAUAAACAGCAAAAGGUGCCGAGAAUCUAGAUGA